UAGGGCCAAAACAAAUACAAACAAUACAGACGAGGGGGCCACAAAUUUUUGCUCUUGGUCGCAACUUAUCAAAAAUCGAAAACCAGAUAAAGAUAAAUAGAUUCGGAGACGGCAGGGUCACACCAGUAGCUGGUGGUCAGAGUGACCAAAGUAGACAGGAAAAUAAGCAAAAAUAAACAAACAAUACAGACAGGAAAAUAAGCAGCGCGUGCCUGGAAAGACUUUUUCGCCGCAGGACAAAAAACUGGAACCAGAAAUACAGACGCACUGCAUCGCUGGUAGCGGGGGACGCAAUCCGAGUAAGAGUGAGAUAUGGCUGCGGCCACCAACAACGAUUCCUCCGGUGUGGAGGCGGCCAAAGAGGAGGUGGAGAUGACGAUGCCGCAGUCACCCAUGUCGAUGGCCAUGGUCCUGGCCAGAUCGACGCCAAUGCCCAUGCCCACCAGCGCAUCCAAGGGGAUCAUGAUAACGCCGCCUCCACCGGCAAUGCCGCCCACGCCCACCUCUUCGCCCAACACACACGGCGAGUGGCCCCACAUGAACAUCAACCUCAACCUGAACCUUAACUUGAACAUGAGUUCAAAUCCCAGCACGAAUUCAUCAUUCCAGCUGAGCAGAGAUCGGGGCGAGCACUUUGCCCUGCCGCAUCUGCCGCCCCUGCCGCUGAAUCCCAAUGCCCCCAAUGCCGAGUAUCUGCCCAGUCUGAUUCAUCCGAGCACUUUGCCAUCGGGUAGCAAGAGCUUCAAGAUGCGUCCUCGAAUGCACCGGCUGAAGCACUCCUACAGCUACAGCAACAUAAUUGUCCAGUCAAAUGGCCGCAAACUGCGCACCGCCGCCUCCACCUGCAACAUCGAGCUGCUAAACCGCAUCCUGGAGGGUGGGGCCAAUCCCAAUGCCGCCGAUGAGUACAAUCGCAGUCCCCUGCAUUUGGCCGCUUGUCGUGGCUACAUACCCAUUGUCCAGCAGCUCCUAAAGUACGGAGCUAAUCCCAAUGUGGUCGAUUCGCUGGGAAAUACACCCCUCCAUCUGGCUGUGAUCUCGGCCAGCUCCAAUAACUUUAACGUUGUGGUGGGCGUGCUGCUACAGGGCGGCGCCAGUGUCCAUAUGUAUGAUCGAAGCAAUAAGUCACCGCUAGAGUUGGCUGAGGCCAAGCUUAGGUUGCUGCGCAAUCGCUAUGACCAUCCCACGCCGGAGACGGCAAAGAUUCUCGAGGACAUGUGCAUGCUAACCACGCUGAUCUUGCGAUACAUGGUGAAACAGCAGCGCGAGCUGGAGGAUCUUUCGGCACUGGAGAAGCGCCUACAGAACUUGAGCACCAGCGAUGACCAGGAGCAGGUUGUAUCCCAGACCGCAGACGAACUGCUCGCCAGUGUCGAGCGGCUGUCCAUAAACAACAAGUAGGCACGCUGGACGCCAUGGGAACCCAUCCGCUGGCGGGCCCAAAUUGCGUUCGAUGAGUUGAGAAAAAAAAUUUGUUUAUCGUUUCCUAAUUUGGCUGCCGUUGAGCUGGAGUUGGCAUCGUGACAAGCAGUGGGUUGAGGAAGAGGUCCUGAUUCCGAUCCUGAUCCUUGAUUUCAAUCAAGCUGCCAAAUACGACCAACGCUCUCACACACACAAGCACACACACCCACACAAACAAAAGAAAACACACAUUGUUUCAUGCGAUCUUUUAUUAAGUAUUUCAUUUAAGGUUUAUUGUUUAUGCAAACAAUCAACAAAUAUGAUUAAAUUUUAAGCUUUACGUUUAGCGCGCCAAAAAAAGAAGUAAUCAAGUUAUGUAAUAAUGAUGCAAUCGCAACUCAAGAGGACACCUAACAAUUUGCUACAUUACAUUUAACUAAAUGACUACAUUACAUGGAAAUCGUUAAGUGUCUAUUGUAUACUACAGAAAAACCAACCAUAUGCGUGUAAACACUCUCUGAACAAUAAACGAAAAACCAAACGGCCAUUUGACUUAAUCCGCAGAUAAAGCCGAAAUCUGUAACUAUAUAA